UGGAUGGCAAAAACUGCAGCCACUUUUAUCAAGGUUUAUAGAAAGGCAGAUAUAUACAAAUGAAAUGAUAUUUUGUGAACAUAUAUAAAUAUGUUACUUUAAGGAUUUUUACGGAAGAACAAUUUACACAUUUGAAAUAAACAGUUAUGUGUUGAAACGUUCGUAGUUGCACAGAGAGGUAGUUAUGUUAGAGUGGAUAUAAGUUAUCAUUUUUACAUUUUGGAAAAGUGACAUUACUUGCUUGUUUUGUAUACCUGAAACAAAGGGAAUUUCUGCACAGGCAAUAGGAAAAACAACUGUUUCUUACAAUUAUAUUUUACUACUGUCAUCUUUACAGCAUCGCAAGUUACAAUGUCGGAAAUAAUGUUCUUGAAAAUCCAUCUCUUACAGGCUAAGGGCUAAUAAAUCAUUCAAGACAUUUCAACGACAGGUUGACGUCAGUUUAGGGCUGAAAAAAAUGGAUCCUUAAAGACUGUCGUUUAUGUAUACUGUGGAAAAGAAACAAAGAUUAUUAUCUACAGCCAAAACAACGACCAUACAACAGUGUCUGUAUUCGUGUAUACAUGAUGGAUAUGUAAACAAAAUACAUAGAUUAAAAAGAAAAAGAGGUAGACAAAGAAUGGCGGGACAAAAACAUCAUGGAACAUAUUAGAAAACUUGGACACCACCCUGGAAUGGCCAGCGAAUAUACGUAAAUUACUUGAUCAGUUAAACCGGAUUAAUGUGUAAAGUCCUCAGUCUUAAUACAAACAAUUUUCCGAAGGUACAAGACAGUGUAAAUUAGAUAUCCUUAACAGGUGAAUCGCUAACACACGCAACGGUAACAAAAGGCACGAUACACAACCGACGAUGAGGAAUCUACUUCGUAUAAUGGCAUUGCUGGUGUUAGCCCCGGUGAUAAAAGGCCAAGUUAUGAUGGAUGAAACUUCAGGAGUAGACGCACUCAACAAUAUCAUGGGUGGAAAUAAUGGUACAGGACGUGUUGAUAUAGGGAGCGGUGUAGAUCUUGGAGUAGGGAGAGGUCCGGUGGACCGCGUCGUAGAUCGUGGAGUAGGGAGAGGUCCGGUGGACCGCGGUGUAGGUAUCGGAAGAGGGAUUGAUGGCAAUGACACUAUCCUUGAUGGACGGUCGGCAUUCGGGAUCGAAUCACAGGAAAGACUGAAUAUAUUGUGUAAACGAAGGUGCAAAACUGAAGUGUGUUACCUCUCGGAUAUCAACGACUGUCGUAAUUUCAUCACGUGCUCACAAGACGCUAGGGGAAACUACCAUGCUACACUCCAACCAUGUGCUUUUGGUACCUACUGGGCGGGGCUUCAGAAACAAAAGAAAAUUACCUGCGAUCUCCCGGAAAAUGUAGCAUGCAAAAUAGAUUAUUGCGCCGGCCUAUCUGAAGGGGCUACAUACGACCACAGGGAUGGGAACUGCAAGACAUACUGGGAGUGUGACAGAUACGGUAAAUCUUUUCCUAAGUGCUGUCCAGAUGGAUUCAGAUAUUCCAAUAGAAGAGGCGAGUGUGUACAGGACAGAUUGAGUUUAUGCCAAGACAAAUGUCCAAUCAAAAUAGACGCUUGCCUUGUCCCUGGCACGAAAACAGAAUUUUUUGACGACGGAAAUUGCGUAACAUAUUGGAACUGUGAAGACCUUCACCCACAUCCGGUUUGCUGUCCAGAGGGUCAAGGUUAUGAUGUUAUUCAAGGUUGUAUUGACAACCGUUUGUGCAAGCAUAAGUGUCCAGAUCAGUAUAAACCUGAUAUUUGUCUCAAGCCAGGCAUUGAGAAGUACUCUUUAAUUGACGGAUCCUGCCGAACGUACAUGAGGUGUAAUGCUAUAGAAGGAGACGAGAGGUGGUGUUGUCCUUCUAAUUACGUUUUUGACAGUAACACACAAAAGUGCACAGAGAGAACUCCAAACAUGAAUGUCUCGUGUUCGGAUCACUGUCCUCAGAAUUACAAUGAAGUUUGCACACUGAAACCUGCUUAUAACGCAUCAAUGUACAUGGUUGUUCAUCACGGUAUUGAGAUGGAAAUGCCGUGUGCACCAGGAACAUUGUUUGAUGUCACGAAAUGUGGUUGUGCCACGCCUAUACCAGGUGCCCCCGAUAACUCGUGUAGAAAAGAAUUGGACAUUUUGUUUGAUGCGCCGACAUGGUACAUGGGUGGGUCCGAGAGCAAGGUCAAGAUCGUUAAGAUUGGAACACAAGAAGAAGGACCUAAACUAAAUGGCAGAAUAUCCUAUAAGUUUAAUGGAGACUUGUACUUCCGAAUACCAUAUUUCCAGUCUCAAUAUGACAAUCUCUAUAUUAAACUUGUCUAUUUACCUGAAGAUGGCGCUUCAGCAGGAAACUUUAAGCAAGUUAUGUUGUCCAACUGCAUGAGCAUUGACCUUGGAGCACCGUCUAUGGAACUGUCAUUGCAGAAUAAUCGAGCUGUACUCGAACUUACUACUGACGUCUUAUCGAACGAAACCGCAGUACCGUAUAGACCAGUUGUGGCCUCAGUGGAUAUCACGCCUGGGAUAUGGAAUACUCUGACUGCCAUUUACAACGGAAGGGAUAUAUACAUGCUUAACGAAGGACAGGGACAACCAACAUUUGAUCGACAACCACUGACAGGUGCUAUAUCGGUAGCUGCCGAAGGUCUAGAUUUUGGUGGUUGUGUUAUAAAUCGAGACCUCAAAGAAGGGUUCCGUGGCUCCCUUGCAGAGCUGCAAUUUUCGAAGUGCCUGAACCAGAAGUGGGUAGAUAUUUUCAACGCGAACAUCCCUGCACAACCAGCACAGCCUUGAACAAAGAGCUACAAUGGUUUUAUUUUUUAAAGAAAUAAUUGAUAAUGUAAAUAUAUGUGUGCGUUUUAACCACAGACCUUUUAUCAUAAUGAUACAUACAUUUUCAUAAUAAUAAAUACAAUAUUGUUAUCAUAAUAACAAUUAAAGACUUUUUCUCAGAGUAAA